AUGGCUUCGCUCGUCGCAAACCCUGUGGCUUACAAGCCAGCCCGAUCCUUGUCUGCACCGUACCAGCCAGAGGUGUCCUUUCCGCUGGCACUGGAGCUAUCCAAGGACGGGACAUCCACUGCCGAGCUGACUGAUACGAUCCGAGGCCUCGCUGCCAACGGCACCAUCCGGAAGUUGUUGGACGCCCACGGCGCCAUUUACUUCAACAACCUUGGGCUUACGUCGCCGGACGACUUUUCAGACUUCGCCCACAGUUUCGGCUGGCUGCCACAUGAGGACAUUGGCAACCCUGUGCGGCGUACCUUGUUGGCAAGAAACGUGGCGACUGCAAACGAGGGCCCCAAUACUCAACCUGUCUAUCCGCACAACGAGUUCGGUCUGAGCCCUCACUAUCCCGCCUAUGUGUUCUUUUAUUGUGUUUACGAUAUGAGACAGGGUGUCAAAUAUCACCUGUUCUACCCCAACGCGCCACGGAACCAGACCGACUCCCCUGGGACGUCCGUCUUGCAAGCAUAUGGCCCCCAAGUCCUGGACGACGACGACACCGAGACCGCCCGCAAAAAGAUCGAGCGUGAGAUCCGCAGGCUGCCGACCGCAAGCUGGACGUGGGAGAACCAGUCGGACAAGAACCCGCUAGGCGAUCUGCGGGUCUGGCAAGUUCUACCUGCUGUACGCCAGCACGAGCAGACCGGGCACCCGGCUUUCUUCAACAACGUCGUCUCCCGCUUCCUCAAUGCCGUCUCCGCCGGCUCGCUCCUCCCACCGCACAUCAACAACGACGGCCAAUACCAGCCCCCCGCUUUUUAUGGCGACGGGUCUCUCAUCCCGCGCGAAUACCUCGAUUAUGCCGUGGCAGUGAUCCACGAAACUCGGGCGCUCGUCACAUGGCGCCCUGGAGACGUAUUGCUUCUCGACAACCACGCCGUGCAACACGCCAGAGAGCCGUGGACUGGGUAA